GAGGCUCACGGUGUUUCGACAUCCCCAUCCCCAUCCCCCGACCUCUCCGUGCGCGGCCGCCUCACGGGCCGGCGACGACCAGGAGCGGCGGCGCGGGCACCCCGCCCUGCCUCCUUCUAGGCUCGGCUCCCGGCUGAAGGCACCUUGUUUAGCGCUUAGGCGGGCGGGCGGGCGGCCGGAGAGAUGGCGUCGAGCACCAGCGGCAUCCCCGAGGGGAAGGAGAAGCUGAAGAAGUCCGGGAGCAUGGGGAGCAGCGACGCCUACGUGCGCGCCGACAAGAUCGAUCUCACCAGCCUAGAUAUCCAGCUCGAGAAGCAGCUCGCCAAGACGUGGGGCAAGGCCAAUCCCAAGGCGCAGGGGCCCAAGGAGGACUGGGAGAUUGACCCUGCUAAGCUGGAGAUCCGGUACUUCAUUACUCAGGGGACCUACGGCACGGUGUAUCGUGGCACGUACGAUGGCCAGGAUGUUGCAGUGAAACUGUUGGAUUGGGGAGAAGAUGGUUUUGCCACAGAAGCUGAAACUGCUGCUUUACGGACAUCAUUUAAGCAGGAGGUUGCAGUUUGGCAUAAGCUCAGCCAUCCUAAUGUUACAAAGUUUGUUGGAGCAUCAAUGGGGACUACCGAUCUUAAGAUUCCGACCAACAAUUCCAACGCUGGUACGCGUACCAACUUGCCUGCAAGAGCAUGUUGUGUUGUGGUUGAAUAUCUCGCUGGGGGAUCUUUGAAGCAGUAUCUGAUAAAGAACAGUCGACGGAAGCUUGCAUACAAAGUUGUAGUUCAGCUUGCAUUGGAUUUGGCCAGAGGAUUGAGCUAUCUCCACUCCAGAAAGAUUGUACAUCGCGAUGUCAAAACUGAAAACAUGCUCCUUGAUACACAGAGAAACCUUAAAAUUGCUGAUUUUGGUGUUGCUCGGGUCGAGGCUCAAAAUCCAAAGGAUAUGACUGGUGCGACAGGUACUCUUGGUUAUAUGGCCCCAGAGGUUCUUGAUGGUAAACCAUACAAUAGGAAAUGUGAUGUUUACAGUUUUGGAAUUUGCUUGUGGGAAAUCUAUUGUUGUGACAUGCCAUACCCAGACCUUAGUUUUGCUGACGUCUCAUCUGCUGUUGUUCAUCAGAAUUUGCGCCCAGACGUCCCUCGGUGCUGUCCAAGUGCAUUUGCAAAUAUCAUGCGCAAAUGCUGGGAUGCAAAUCCGGAUAAGCGUCCUGAUAUGGACGAGGUGGUACAGCUUCUAGAGGCUCUUGACACAAGCAAAGGUGGUGGCAUGAUACCAGAUGGUCAGUCAUCUGGAUGCUUGUGCUUCACCAAAGCUCGUGGUCCAUAGUUUCAUUUUCAUGAUACACUCUUCCCUUAACCGCGUUUUGCCCAUCUACAUGACUGGGGAAAACCAUGGCAUGCUUCUCUUUGCCACCUGUGCAGUUGGUGCUUACAGUCCCCCAUGGCUCUUUGCCAUAUUUGUACGUUCAUUGCAGUUGUCAUAUGACCCUUUGUGGUCAACAGUCUUUUUCUAUAGCAGUGUGAUAUUGUAACAGUAAUUCUUGAGAGAGUUGGUGACACUCAGUCACAUGUAUUAUAUAUACUAGAGGUCAUACACACACCAGGUCGUGCAUUCUUGAUACUUCUACGUUUCUGUGCGUUUGGUGCCACUGGUCGAUACUUGUUUUGAAUCAUUUUUCCUGUCCAUACCCAAAAUGAAUACAAUAAAGCGCGGAAAGAUAUUUGUGUUCA